UCCAAAAAGUAUUUACAUUUUUUUUUUUUCACAAUUCUCCUUUUUGGGUCAUGCCCUAGUUAUUAUUAUAAAUAUAAAUACAUAACACAUUCAAUUUUCUCUUCCUUUUUUCUUUGCUUCUUUCUACCCUUUUGUCAUCCCCUGUUUCUUUUUUUUCUUUCUUUGCUACCAUGAGCAGCAAAGGUGGCGGCGGCGGCCGUGGAGGUGGCGGUGAGGGGUCAAGGGUUUCAAUCCCAGACAAUGCAAAGAAAACGAUCCAAAGCAUUAGGGAGAUCACAGGGAAGCAACACAGCGAUGAAGAAAUCUAUGCAGUCCUCAAAGAGUUUUCUAUGGAUCCUAAUGAAACUGCCCAAAAGCUCCUUUUUUUGGAUACAUUUCAUGAGGUGAAAAGAAAACGCGAUAAGAAAAAGGAGACAGCUGGUACACAAAGUCGAGGGGGCCGGGGCAGUCGAGGGAACUAUUAUACAUCAUCUGGUAAAGAUGCUGGAGUUGGAAAGAAUGCAUCUGCUCGAAGGGAGAAAGGGGCUAAUCAUACCUCAGAUAGAGGUUCUAUGCCUUUGCCCGUGUCUCAAAAAGUCAAAAAUAAUACUGCAUCUCACACAACAAAAACAGCAACUGCUAUUCCAAAUGGCAUUACUGCUUCACCAAAUAGGAGCACAAGUCAUGGACAUGGACCCCAAGUGCCUGUGGAUGGCGUUCAUAGUGAAACUAAAGAUGGCUUACUUGCAAACAAGCCAAAAACUAUUUCAGUGCAACCAGCUGUUACAGAACUUGCUGCCCCCAUUCCUGCUCAGUCCUUUAGCUCUCUGAUCAGAGGUCAAGAGAAGUCCACAUCAAAUUCUAAUGCCUCAUCAACUUCUCGCACUUCCGCAACUGUAUCUAUUGUCAAUUCAUCUGCUUCGGAUCCUGUGUUGGCACCCAUUGUGUCACAGCAUGCUGGUCCUGUGGGUACAAUAAAACAUGAAAUUGAGUGCCAACAAGAAGCUGCUGAAGUAAACCAUAUUCAAGGAAACAAACAUGUUACCCAUGAUAUUGAUGUAUCAAAGACUGAGAAAACAGCCUCUGAGGUUCCAAGCUCAAUGCAUGGAAAGAAGGCCCCCAGCAAAUCAAAGGUUGCUGAACAGGCUAAGCAGUCCAAGCCUAUAGAGCCCGCCUUGCUACAAGUGGUCACAUCUGAGGUUGCAGCUGUCACUAUUAAAGCCAAUUCCCAAUUGCUUGCUGAUUCAAAUGUUCCCAAUGGUCAACAUGUUACUUUUCCCAUCCACUUCAAAGUCUCUGAAGCAUUAAAAAAUGGCUUAACUUUUGGAAGCUUUGAUGAUAGUUUUAGACAGGGAACAAAACACAAUAAUGUCACUAGUGUGGAGAUUAACUCUGCAUGCCCUGUUGAUAUUUCUCAGGGUAGUGAUGAAACUGCCAGGGAGCCAUCUUCUAGAAGCCAAGGUAUAUUAUCAGAUGUGGAAGGGGAUAAUGCUGAUAAACCACAAUCUCCUCCUGAGUUUGAGAAAGUGCCAGAAUCAGAUGGCAAUAUUUCAUCUGAUGCAGACUUUAAAGUUGAUCAAUCAAAUCAAGAACUGCAUUUGAACCCAGAAGGUAAUCAGAGUGUCAUUCCAAAUGUCCCAAGCUAUGGGUUUGGUUUCAUGCCCGCAUCAGCGAGCCACCUUGUGCAGUUAGAUGAACCUGAGGCUCGGGUGCAUGAUGUUUCUAGCAUUGUAAACUUUGCUACUGGGAAUUCUCUAGCUCCAUCUGGCAGUUCAACACCACCUGUUCAGAGCUCUGUUGCUGCAGCCCCACAAGCAGUUCAUCUUUUCCGGCAGCCAUUUCCACCUAAUUGCUUUUAUCCUCACUAUCUUUCACCUUUUUAUAUGCAUCCAAUGCAUCAAUUUUUAAACCCCUCUGGGCUCCCUCAGCAACCUUCAACCGGUAAUGUAUACAUGCCACCUGGAGCAGCUGCACCUGGGGUCAAAUUCCCUCUUCCACAGUUCAAGCCUGGAACUAAUGUAGGAAAUCCUGCUCACCUCACAAUUCCAUCUGGCUAUGGUCCAUUGACUUCUCCAUUUGUUGGUUUCAAUUUAUCUUUUCCAUCAGUGACCUCUGGAAGCUCUAGCAGCAAAGAGAAUCUUGUACCAUCACAGUUGAAGGAAAAUCAUAUAUACACAACUGGACCAAUGAAUGAAGGUUCAGCACUCUGGAUGCCUGCUGCACCAGGGCAAGAUUUAUCCAACUUGCAGGUUAAUUCUUACAACCUCUCCCUUCAUGGCCAACAGGUUCCUUUCUCUCCUGCACAGGCUGGUCAUGGUGCCUUUGCUGGACUUUAUCAGUCACCACAAACAAUGGCUGCUCCUUCCAAUGUUAAUACCCUGCUACAACAAUCUCAAGCCAUGGCUGCAGCUGUUGGAACUGUGGGUCCCCCAACUGGUGCUUAUCAGCAGCCUCAACUUGCACAGAUAAAUUGGAACACUAAUUACUGAACUGUUAAAAUCUUACGAGCACGCAAAAUAGAAAUUACAUGGGAGGACCUUAUGGGAGGUUGAAACUCUGGCCUUCUUUUUUGAGUGUAAAUACUAAAGGCAUCUCACAUAUAUGAGGGUAAUAUCUGGUGGGGAAAUAUGUUGCCAACUUGUUUUACCUUUUUCUUGCCAUAUUUUCCCCCCAUUUCAUAUAGUGUUGUCCUGGGUAGCAAACUCUUUGCUGUUUCUAUUGGAACUUAUUAUUCUCGUAAGAUUCUCUAUAGGAAUUGAAGAGGUCAAUAGAUUAGGUGGGAUUUUGCCAAAUUUUCCUUUCUAAUGUCUCACCUGUAUAUUAAAUUUUGAAUAGGGAGGAAAGGUGAUACAAGCUGUAAUUGGUAUAUGAGAAGGCUAUUCUAGUUUCUUGAAUUGACUGAUGGUCAUGUUAAUGACAAGCUACCUAGUUAUUUUCA